GACCACAUGAGCUCUUCCAUCCCAUGAAAGAAGAAGGGGAGGGUAAACCACUCAUUUCAAAUUGAUAAAUCUCAUAAAAGAGAACUGUUUCUCAGUGAUAUCACUACAGCACCAUUUACUUUCUUCUGUCGAGAAAUGGCGACAUCGUCUUCUCCAUCCUUCUUAUCCUCACUCCUUCCAUCUCCUCUGCCGGACGCCUCCACUCCCCCGGUCAGGAUUGCUACGAUCAGGCAUCAGCUGCUCUUCGUCCGGUGCGCCGUAACCGCCGACGCCUCUCACUCCGCAGUGGCCUCGCCGAAGAAAAGGCACUGGAAGAAAGGGGAAUUCCCCGGAACUACUGAACCUUCAGUCUUGAAGAAUAAGAGAACUCCCAGAAAGAACAUCAAGAAGAAAUUGACUAGAGAUAACACAGUCAAGCCAUGGGCCAGCACUGUCACUGAAGCUCUCUCCGAUUGCAUCGAGAAAAAGCAGUGGUUCCAAGCAGUUCAGGUUUUUGAGAUGCUGAGGGAACAAAAGUUUUAUCAACCAAAAGAAGGAUCAUACAUGAGGCUUCUUGUUCUUCUUGGAAAAUGUGGGCAGCCAAGUCAAGCUCAAAAACUAUUCAACACAAUGAUCGAAGAAGGUUUGGAGCCCACUACCGAACUCUACACAGCAUUACUUGCUGCAUACUCUAGAAGCAAUCUGAUUGAAAAGGCACUCGCGGUUCUUCACGAAAUGACCAAACUGCCCCUUUGUGCGCCUGAUGUUCACACAUACAGUAUAUUGAUCAAGGCUUGCGUUGAUGGAUCCCGGUUUGAUCUACUUGAACCCCUUUAUCAAGAAAUGGAUGAACGAUCUAUAUCUCCUAACACGGUCACUCAAAACAUAGUCUUGAGUGGGUAUGGUAAGGCAGGGAAAUACGAAGAGAUGGAGAAGGUGCUUCUUAACAUGCUCGAAAGCGAUUCGUGCACACCUGACGUAUGGACCAUGAAUACCAUCCUGAGUUUGUUUGGAAACAAAGGCCAAAUUGAAACAAUGGAGAAGUGGUAUGAAAAGUUUCGUGAUUUCGGAAUCGAACCAGAGACACGAACUUUCAACAUCCUAAUCGGAUGUUAUGGCAAAAAAAAGAUGUAUGAUAAGAUGUCAACGGUGAUGGAAUACAUGCGAAGACUCUCAUUUCCAUGGACAACAUCGACAUACAACAACGUUAUAGAGGCUUUCUCAGACGUUGGUGACGCAACGCACAUGGAGUAUACCUUUGACCAAAUGCGUGGUGAGGGCAUGAAAACCGACACAAAGACCUUCUGUUGUCUCAUUAGAGGGUAUGCUAACGCAGGCCUUUUUCAUAAGGUGAUUAGUACCGUUCAGUUGGCUGGGAAAUUGGAAAUCCCAGAAAACACGUCAUUCUUUAAUGCACUUAUAUAUGCUUGUGCAAAGGCAGAUGAUAUAAUGGAGAUGGAGAGAGUUUUCCAGAGAAUGAAAGAAAAGCAAUGGAAACCAGAUUCCUUGACGUAUUCUGUCAUGAUUGAUACAUACCGAAAAGAGGGCAUGACUGAUAAGGCCUAUGAAUUGGAGCAAGAAACAAAGAUGGUAGCUGAUGAUUCUUGUUAUUUUGCUGAUGAUAAUAAUAAUGAAGCAGAAAGUGUUGUUAGUGUGCAACGGACUCCAUUUUCUCCUAUACUGGAGGACAGUCACAACAUGUUAUGAAAGAACUUAUAUGAGAACCCAUGAGGUGUCCAUAGAAUUUCAAGCGAAUUUCAAACUCAUGUUAAGGACACUAAGACCUCAUCAUGGGAUCUUAUGCCUCUAUUUUGCACCAAAGCAUGACAUCCAGCUUUUCAUUCCAUAUUGGGUGGUCAAGAUUUCUUCAUUUACUCUGAUCUACAUCUUGUAAGUUCAACGUCGCACUUCGAACACACAACCAAAUCAGCGCCGGUGUAUUUAGCAUAAAUUGUUUGGAUGUACAAGACCCUCUGCUAUAUAUGCUUUGUCAUAAGACAAAGGAUCACAUUAUCACUUUUAACAGGAAAGCUAUACCAAUACAGUGGGGCAAAUUCUCUAUGGACCCAAGUAGUACCCAACCAUAGCAAUACUUCUAUUUGGAUAAGAUGAUUGGAGAUAUAAAUUGAACAAAAGAAUAAUGCUCUUUUUUUCUUCCUUACAUGUUACAUCUUGCAUUUCAAUCCUUUGCAAUGGAGCCAAAGAUUCAUUAUUUUUUGGCUUGAGAAUAUGAUGGAAUAAAGCAAAAUGGCACACUAAACUGUCUGCGCUUCUUUGUUAUGAAGUAGCAGUCAGUCCAUGCAAUUUUGGACGCGAUUUUCA